GCCGGAAGAAUAUAGGGAAAGGGAAAGAAUAAGUGCAAGAUCCAAAGAAGAACUUUCUUUUAAAAUGUGAAUUUGCGACGAAACUAAUUUUUCACAUGUUGUCAGACAAAGAGUUGGAAGGGUGCAGAUCCAUCUUGAACAAACUUCCCCAACGGGAUUUGAUAAAUCUUACGGAUACGGUGACGAACCGAGCAGUAUCGCCAGAAAAUACAACUGAGGCGGUCAAUGCCAUACUUAGUUACAGCCAUACUGCGUCACAGUUGCUGAAAAGGAAGAAAGUGAAGAGAGAACACAUCUAUCAGUACUUGGCAGAAAAAGGGAUAAUUGAACAUUUGGCAUCUGACAAGCCUACCUUGAUAAAAAGGGCAUUAUUGUAUUGGGGCUCCAGUGGAGAGGAUAGUGAAGAGGAGAAAGAAAAUGAUUCUGAAAAUCUGACAGCAUUAGAGUCUAAAUCAGAAAUUCUGAGCAGUGUUACUAGGUGUACAAAUCCACCAUUUGAUAACAGCAUUAAUGGACAGCAGUUAGCUGAGUAUUUUAUACCCUGGUUCUACAAAAUCUUGAACUCUUUCAAUACCCCUUGUGACAACUCAUCACAGGAAUGGGGUCCACAGCAUUUUUGGGAAGAUGCAAAAGGAUCAGUCCUUGUAGUAUCUGACAGACAAGUAUUCGAUGAGUGCCAAGGAGCAAUGGCAGUCAGUGCAAAACUUCAAGAACUUGUUUGCAAAGAAAAAAUACUCUUUAAUGCAAAUGUCACUGGAGCAAGGGGCCAAAUAGAUGCUUAUGGACUCGUCAAAAUUUCAGUUGGAGGCACAGUACAUCGAUUUUCCAACUGCCUUGGAAUUUUUGAACAAUCCUUUGGACUAGUUCGAGACCCACAGAUGCAGAAUAACUGGAAAAUUAAAUUUACUGAGCUAAAACUGAAAGCUCAGCAGCAACAAAAUGAAGUGGAAGGUUACACCAAAAAGGCCAUUACAUAAAAAAGAAGGAGGAUGUAAUAUCAGUCGACUAUAGCGUUAAUGUAAAUGUGUAGGGCAAUGAUAAUAGACUGUAUUUCUAUUUUAGCACUGACUAUAGGGCUGUUUUCUGAAAUAGCAAGUUUUCCCUUUUUUUGUUACAAGAACACCCCACUAAAUAUAUAAAUUACAUCAAUAAGUUUGUCUUUUACACUCUGUUAAUUGAAUGAAAAAUCUUAAAACCUUUUACUCUCAAGAUUUCAUUAGUAAAUCUCCUAUCUGUCUGCUAUGUAAUUCUUAUGAUGUGAGUUUGGAGAAUUUUUUGUUGGAUCAACUAACAAUCCCCUAAUUGACAUUUUUUGUUAUUCCCAUCAUUUGUCUGCUUGAUACUGAUAUCUUAGGAGAAAUUCUGUCUUUGUUGCUGAUAGGAGUCAGAGGAUCCACAAAGAAAAAUAUUUGAACACUAGCUUCCUUUGAUGCAACCAUUUUCUGGGAUAUUUGUCCAAGUUUAUUAUUUGUUUGGAACCAAGGCUGUGAGUCUAGAGAAACAGAUUACCGGUAAGUCCAUGGACAAAUUUUCCAAGCUAUUUUUGCAACAAAUGGAGAGUACUGUGUUUAUUAUCCUUCAAAUAUUUUCUGGAGCACAUGCAGAAAAUAUCCGUAAGAAGUGAAAAGAUAUCUGUCACAUUAAAAUAUCUAAUUGGCAUAAAAAAUCUCAUGAUUUUGGAAAAUACUCUUAGUUCUACUACUACAAAUAUGUUGCUGAUUUACUGCAUAUCCUUUGCUUAUUUCAAUCCCAUUGACAUUUUGUUGGCACAUUUUUUGUAAACAAAAUUUUUUCAACCCCAUGAAAAAACAUCUCUUUUUGAUAAUGAGGAAUUCACCAAUGAAUUUAGUCAUGGUAAAGUGGUGUCUUUCUGUGUUGCCAUCAUGCUGUGGUACAAUUUUUUGUUGUCAUCUUCACUAGACACAAAAAUAGUUUGUAAAGUUGAAAUGCAUUUAGUUGAGAAAUGAAUUUGUGUUUUUCUCUUAACUCAAAAACUGACAAGGUGUAGUAAACAAGUUGACGACCAACAUGUUGACCGACACGUCGGACGUCGUGACACAUCGGCUGACACUACAUUCGGCCGGCUGACGGCCAACGGGUUGACCAAAGUAUCGGCCGACGUAUUGUUUGGAUUGGAAUCGUUUAACCUUUCCCCAAAUUAUCCGUUACCAAAAAAAUGACAAACAUUAUUUCAAAGUAGAUGACCCCAAUAAUUUGAAGCAGACAGACUAGAAACAUCUAUUUGAUUUUGUUUAUUUGCUUGUCUUUGCCUCUUGGCCUUAUUGAGAAGGAAGGACAUGAUGAAAAGCUUGAUGGGUAAAAUUAUGGUUCAUUGUGUUGUUUUCUGUAAGCUUAAGUCAGGCGUGAACUUGGAAAUGAAUAGAAAUUGAGACUGUACUUAGCUAUGGUUUCUAAGCAGUUAGGCACUCAUUUUACAAUCGAGUGAGGACUGCGUGACCGUACCUGACAAAAUAUCGAAACUUCGGGAGGAGGAUAAUCACAAGAAAUAAAGAAACAAAAUGUUAUUA